AUGUCAAGGGAAGGCAAGCUUGUGGCUCGAAGCGGCAAUGCUGCCAGGAGGUUCAAGGCGUCUCUGGCAGGAAGCCGUAACACAGAUUUCCUCAAGCUGGUGGAAAGAACCGAGGGUGCUUUCCAGUCUGGCGAUGACACGGCUGUGGAGGAAGUUCGACGAAUCCUGGCGGACGUCCGUGCCCAGUACGAUCAGGUUCAUCUCGAAGCUGAACGUCGGGAGGCUGAGAUCGCCACACUUCGGGAGCAGAUCCGGGCUGCAGAUCGAAAUCACGGCUAUGGGGCCGACGAGUCAUCCAAGAAGGAGGACUCAUACCAAUCGAUCGAACAGCAAUGGUAUGACAUCGUCAAAAAGCGCGGAGCACUCGAUGAGGCCAAGACAUGCAAGAAGGUGUACAAUCACAUGUGCGAAAGGAUCACAAAGGAGCAGUCGUUGCUGAAAGAGAAGCUUGUCCUCAUGGAGGCACAUCUGCACAGAAAGAACUCCGAGUCCCGGAGAAAGGUUGCGGUCCAGGAACGUCUGGUUCGAAAAGGGGCUCAGUGUUCGCAGGACCUUGACAUUCUGGAGCAAGACGUUGAGCACGAGAGGGUGGUACGCGAUGAAGCGCUGGCCAAGAUGAAUUCAUGUUUGCAGGCGAAAAUCGAUGCAAAGCAACGCCGGGAAAAGUUCGAGUGGUGGCGCCAUGAGAUCGCCCUGGAUGCGGCCAACGAAGCCUUCAAUGCCUCCGCCGGCCGUCUUCGCAAACUGUAUGCAGUGGAGAAGCUGGCAGGAAACUGCUUGCAGAAGGUGACUUUCGAGCAGGUGGAGCGUUCGCAGAACACCGAGGAUGGGUUUCAGAAGAUCCGCGAGGUGACUGGCCUGGCAGAUGUCAUGGACAUUGUUCACAAGUUUCUGAACAGAGACGUAGAACAUGAGCAGCUGAAGAACUCCGUCAAAGAAGCAGAGGUCCGUUUGGACAAUCUGCGCGAGCAGUUCGAGCGCUUCAAGCGCGAUACAGAAGGCAUCACCUUUGACACGGACACAUCUGGCAAGUCCCGUGCCAUUUACCUUGAGGUCGAGGAGCACGAAGCCAAGCUCAACUUGUUCCAAAAGGAGCAUGAGCAAAGCCGUGAGAAGCUCCAGCAGAGCACGUUGCAGGUGGAGCACAUGAAACGCUGGGCCAAUCGCAUGGGCAGAUCUUUAGCAAUGUUUGAGGACUGUCAGCGUGUGGAGAAAGCGUCUGAUCUUCCCGUAUUCUACAACCAGAUGCAGCGUGCAGUCGACAAAUUCGUCCAGAACAUAGCUCAGCUCAUCUCCUCGGGCAAGGUACAACGGAAGAACAUGUCUCAAGCCGGCAGCAAAGAGUCUCAAGAGGCACGCCGGCUGCUUACAGACAAGGACUUCUUAAAGGCGAAUUGCCGCGUGCCGAAGUCUCUGGACGCUGGCCGGCCUCCUUCUCGCCAGGGCAACAACGCUGCUCCGGAAGAAGACGCAGAUGACAUUCAGAAGCAAGACAGAGAGAGGUGCAAGAAGGAAUCAGCAGAUCGCGUGCAAGAUGCUGCUUUUCGUGAAUUCCGCAAGAAGCAAGGCGGAGUGAAGUGA